AUGGCCGCCUCGCGGGUGCUGCUGCUCCUGUCCGGGCGCCCCGUGUCGCCGAGCUUCACGCAGAGUGUGUGUCGCCUCCUGGGUGCCGGGCCAGGGCUCGGGCCGUGGCCCACGCACUGCGGCUUUAAGCGAGGACGACUCGUCCUCUCGGACCGGCCAUUCCCAGGCGCUUCGACCACACUUCCGCUCCAGGUCGGGAGAAAGGGGAGCGGGGUGGGGGGCAGGAGUGCGGUUGGGGGUGGGGUGUGGAGCUGGCGCCAGAGGCCAGGCUCGGUCAGACUCGACCUCCUCCCCCAUCGCGCGGCGUUGCCCGAUUUUUGCCCGGCUUCUGAAGCCUUAAACCAAACGGCUACCGACCCCCCACACCCCCGCCAGCGACCCCCUUUCUGCCCUUUUGUGGCACUGGACCAGCAGCAGCUCAGGGCUGGGGGGACUGAGCUGCCCACGAAUCGAGGUGUGGAUCUGGGUGUGGCCGUCAUUCUGCAGUCCAGCGACCAGACUGUCUUGUUAACCCGAAGGACAAGCACCCUCAGCCUUUCUCCCAACCUCUGGGUACCCCCAGGUGGGCACGUGGAACUUGAUGAAGAGCUGUUGGACGGAGGGCUCCGAGAGCUUUGGGAGGAGAGUGGAUUGCAGCUGCCCCAGGACCAGGUCUCUUGGGUUCCUCUGGGGUUAUGGGAGUCUGCCUACCCUCCGAGGCUGAGCUGGGGUCUCCCCAAAUACCAUCACAUCAUUCUCUAUCUUCUCGUGGUCUCCCAGGAGUCACAGCAGCAGCUGCAGGCCCGGAUCCAACCAAACCCAAAUGAGGUGAGCGCCUUUAUGUGGCUGGGACCAGAUGUAGCAGCUGCAGUGGCCACCAUGGAGGAUGGUACAGAGACCAGGCAUCUCCCCCAGGAGCUACCACCUUCCAUCCUUAUAGUAGAACUAAAGGAGGAUGGAGGAGCUCGACGCCUGGCCUUGCCCGUGUCCACGCUGCUGCGGACAACCCCAACCACAGCUGAAGGAAAAGAGAGGGUCAGCUCUGGGACGAAGUUUGCCCUCAGGCUCUGGCUGCAACAUCUGGGCAGGUAAGGGUAAAGGACUUGAGGGCUCUGUGACAUUGGGCUGAAUGCUCUAUGAGGGAGAGGAAGAAAGAACAAAUGCUCCCGGAACUCCUCAGUGGGACACCCCUCCCAUGUGAAAGUAGGCCCAGGGUCUGCAAGGAAGAAUAGAACAUGGGCCCCCUCCCC